AUGGACGCCGCGAUCGCCGAUCUCAGGGAGCGAUUUAAGCUUCCGAGCGACACGUCGAGCGCGGCGCUCGAGCGCGCGCUGCGCGAACUCGCCGUGCGAAGAGGAAGUCCGACGAGCGAAGCGCGAAUUGAUGAUUUUCAUUCUCGUUUCGAUCGCGACGACGUCCGCGCGGACGAUGCGCGCGCGCGGCGCGCGGGGGCGAGCGACGUGGGUGACGUCACACCGGGUGUGGUCGGUGCGAAGACGUCGCGCGGCGAGACGGCGUCGGAAGCGGUGAAGAUGAAGAAUCACGCGGCGCGCGGGACGGCUGCGCGCGGGCUCGACGCGCGCGUGGAUCGCGCGAAAGAGUUGGAAUCGCUCGCCUCGUUGGAGGUGCGCGCGCGGGAGGGGAAGAUUAAGAUGUUGGAGGAGGAACGGGACGCGUGGCGCGCGAGAGCGAGAGCGGCGACGCACGAACGCGUGGCGGCGACGAUUCGAGCGACGACGACGACGCGCGAGGGGGAGAGAGACCAAGUCGGGAAAAUUCCGAAAGAUUCAUCCGCGGCGUUGGCGAAGUGUUGGGGAACGUUGAGCGAACGCGCGGGUAACGGGAGCUCCUCGGCGGAUGUGUUAUUGCUCAUGCGCGAGUACAAGCGCGCGAGGAGAGAACGAACGCGAGCGUUCGAGCGAAUCGCCGAGCUCGAGGGCGAACUCGCGAGAGCGCGAGAGGACGUACUCGUCAUGGAGAAACGUGAGCGGAAAACUCUGCGCACGCGCGCGACGGCGGAGGCGAUCAUGGAUGAAGAGGCGGACGAAAAGUUGACUCUCCGAUCGAAACUGAAGGAGACGCUUGAGGAGCGCGCCGCGCUCGUCGUCACCGUGGAGACGCAGCGCGAUGAAAUCGAUGAGCUCAAGAAAGCCGAGCGUCGUACGCGUGAGGAAGUCGUGCGACUCGAGAAGGAACUCGUACGCGGGCGCUCGAAUCGGGACAAACUGCGGUCUUCGCUUCGGGAUUUGGAACGUAUCGAGCGCGAGAGCGCCGAGCGUGGCGCACGCCUCGCGCACGUCGAGGCCGAGUGUGAUUUCCUCGCACAAAUGGUUCGAGAGAUGCGUCGCGCAUCAGGGUCGUCUGGACCGGAGUUUAUGCGCGCUGCUGAACGUGCGUUACUCGUCGGUUCAUCCGCCUCGCCCGCGCGCUCGCCGCCGCCCGAGCCGCGAGCGACGUCGAGCGCGUCCGAGGAAGACGACGAUCGAGACGGUUACGGCACCCCGAACGAGGCGUCCACCGUUGACAUCGACGACGGUCGUCUCACCGACGAUGACUUCCCGUCACCGCCGAUUUCCAACAUCACCCGGAGAUUCGCCUCGACGCCCGACUCUGCGGCGUCCGCGUCCUCCGUCGCGUUUGCGUUUGGCGACACACCGCGUCGCGCUUGA